GAUUAUUCUCGUUUACAUGUUUUUGGUUGUGUGUGCUUUGUUCAUUUACCACCUCAUGAAAGGACAAAAUUAUCAAACCAAGCUGCCAUGUGUGUUUUUGUUGGAUAUGGAAUUGAUCAAAAGGGUUUCUUGUGUUAUGAUCCAAAAAUUGCAGAACAAGUUUCCAUUGAUCAAUUCCACAUAGCAGAUGAACAACCUCAAACUUGUUCCUUUCACCAACCAAAAGAUGGUACACCUGUGGAUGCUCAAUCAGAGGCUGUUAGCAUUCCUUGUUGGAAGGAAGCUAUGGAUUCUGAAUUAAGUGCCUUAUUGGAGAAUGAUACUUGGGAUAUGGUACCUUGUCCUUCUAAUGUGUCUAUUAUUGGUAGCAAGUGGGUCUUUUCUAUUAAGCUCAAAGCAGACGGUAGUAUUGAGCAGUAUAAAGCAAGACUUGUUGCCCAAGGUUAUAAGCAAGAGUAUGGAAUUGAUUAUAUAGAAACAUUUGCACCAGUGGCUAAAAUGACUACAGUGAGAUUACUUAUUGCUCUUUCGACAAUGCAUCAGUGGCCUAUUUCUCAAAUGGAUGUGAAGAAUGCUUUUCUGCAUGGGAAUUUGAAAGAAACUGUUUAUAUGAAGCCUCAUCCAGUUAUUGUGGAUGCUGGGUAUGUUCAAAGUUCUCAUGAUUAUUCCUUGUUCAUGCAUAACUCUCCGCAAGGUGUUACUCUACUUUUGAUUUAUGUCGACGAUAUGCUUAUUAUCGAUAGUAAUAAGGAAGAAGUUCACUCAUCUUCUCGAGGUUAUGCGGUGAAUCAACAGAAGUAUGUUCUGGAUUUGAUCCAAUUUGCGAAUUUAUCUGAUGAUAAAUGUGUUGACACUCCAAUGGAAGUAAAUGUCAAGCUUAGGAAGGAAGAUGGUGAAAAACUCUCUAAUCCUAGCUUUUAUCGUCAACUUGUGGGUCGCCUCCUUUAUCUUACUAUGACUAGACCUGAUAUUGCUUAUGCUGUGCAAGUGAAACAGAAAACAGUGUCCAAAUCCACUACUGAAGCUGAAUACCGAGCAAUGUCUUCAGCAUGUAGUGAAUUGACUUGGCUUCGAGGAUUUUUACAAACACUUACUUUUCCUACUCCUCCUUCACCUCUUUAUGCUGAUAAUAUGAGUGCUAUUCAUAUUGCAUCCAAUCCUGUCUUUCACAAGUGUACCAAGCACAUUGAAGUGGAUUGCCACUUUAUACGGAAUAUGUAUCUUGCAGGUGCCAUUACUCUUCCUUAUAUUGCUUCUAAGCAUCAAAUUGCAGAUAUUUUUACAAAGGCAAUGACAACUGCACGGCACAAGUUUUUAGUGAGCAAAUUGACACUGGUUUCCCAGCCUCAGUUUGAGGGGGAGUUUAAGCUCCGCUACUUGAAUCCGCUCCUCCUCACCAAAAUCCAAUUCCAUGAACUCCAAUUUCCUCCUUUUCCUUCCCCCUCCCCUACUCGCGGCAGAUCUGCUGAUUUUCUCAUCCAUCUCGAACCCUUGUUUUAUGCCACACUGGAACUCCGCCAACCUUUGGGUACCCUCUUACAAACUCUUUGUUCUCAAGCCAAGAAGAUUGUCAUAAUCCAUGAUGUUAUGAUGGCAUUUGCAGUUCAAGAUGCUGCUUCUUUUCCAAAUGUACAACUCUAUGCUUUUGACUCUUCAUGCUCCUUCACUGCCUUCACUACAAUGCGAGAACAGGCAGAGUCAACGUUCCCGAUUCCUGAAGAGAUUGAAUUCCCAGAUAACCUUCCUUCCGUGGAAGGUUGCUUCACAGAUGAGGUGAUGAAAUUCGCAGUUCUUCAAUUUGAAGCCUUGAAAUUCCAAUCUGGUUAUAUCCGGAACACUUGUAGAGUGAUUGAAGGCGAUUAUAUCGAUCUUGUAGGUCAGAUUCGAGGAAAUAAAAAGCAGUGGGCAGUUGGGCCAUUGAAUGUAUAUCUGGGAUGCCUUGGUAAGAAGAACAGCUCAAAAAUUGGGAAGAACAAAUGUGUGGAGUGGCUAGAUAAACAACCACCACAUUCAGUCCUAUACAUAUCUUUCGGAACAACUUGUUCCAUGACAGAGGAACAGGUUAAGGAACUUGCAAUGGGUUUAGAAGAGAGCAAAAUCAGAUUCAUUUGGGUACUGAAAGAUGCAGAUAGAGCUGAUGUUUUUGCUGAAGAAAACGGAAGCAGCCCUGAGCUUCCGAAGGGGUUUGAAGAGAGAACGGAAGGAGUAGGGAUGGUGGAGAGAGGGUGGGCGCCUCAGGCGGAAAUUCUUCGGCACCCUUCUACUGGGGGUUUCAUGAGUCACUGUGGGUGGGGUUCAGUUCUGGAGAGCAUCAGCGUGGGAGUACCGAUUGCGGCUUGGCCUAUGCACUCCGACCAACCAUGGAAUGCUGCCCUGGUCACACGGGUGCUGAAGAUUGGCGUGGUCGCAAGGGACUGGUCUCACAGAAAGGAACUUGUGAUGGCCUCAAUUAAAGAAACUGUGACGACUCUGAUGGCAUCGGAGGAAGGGCAAAUGGUGAGAAAAAGGGCAAAGGAAUUGGGAGGAGGUGUCCGUCGAGCCACAGCUGAAGGCGGUGUUUCACGAAUGGAAAUGGAAGCCUUUAUCGAUCAUAUAAUUAACUAAAUAGAUUUAUGUUGGCCAAAAAUUAAUUAAGCGGUACACCGUGGUAAUUUUACUAAUAUAAAUAAGAGGUUUGGAUUUAUUCCAGAUAUAUAUAUGAUGGUGAAAAAUACAGAAAUAAAAAAAAGUUGUCUUU